UAUACCUCUUCUCCCUUACCGGUGCAGGAGAUUCCCUUGUUCGGUUAGGUUGAGAUUGCCAUGGGAAGAGGCUGUGCAUUACUGGUUGUAGCCGUUCUGUGCUUCCUUUCUCACUUUGAGGGUGCCUGCGGCGCCACCUAUGUGGUAGGGGACAGAAGGGGUUGGACCUUCAACGUUGCUAACUGGCCUGACCGGAAAAUAUUUCGCGCAGGAGAUGUAUUGAUUUUCAGGUACAAUCCUUCGUUCCACAAUGUUGUGGCGGUGAACCCAGCGGACUACCGGAGCUGCGCCGCGCCAAGGGCAUCGAGCACCCUCACUUCCGGCAACGAUCGCGUGACCCUGAAAAGAGGGCUCAACUCCUUCAUCUGCACCUAUGCCGGCCACUGCCAGGCCGGGAUGAAGAUCCAAGUUAGUGCCACAUAAGUAAUAUCCUAGAGGA